UAUCCAGCUUACACAGACUAUGGUUUAUAGCUUCAACUAAUGGCGUACAGAUUUUAACGCUGUUUCAUGACAGCUUUUAAAUUAGACGUCAAACGACGUCAAGGGAGGAAACUUGAUGCGAGGUAUAUUCGGCUAUGCCCUUGCCAAGUAACGUGUGUUUCUUUUGUAAUCUUCAGUGAUACAAAACAACUAACAGAACACGAUAUGCCAACCCUGUCAACAACACACCUAACUCAGUGGCACGCACACAGGCCCUAAAAAACACGUCCAUCCACAUAUAAGUUGAGGCUGUACAGCAUGUGUUUAGCAGACACACCGUGAGCAGACAGCAGCAAAGAUGUGGGUUUUUGGUUACGGAUCUUUGAUUUGGAAAGUCGACUUUCCGUACGAGGAGAAACGAGUGGGUUUCGUCAAAGGUUUUAGUCGCAGGUUCUGGCAGGGAAGUACGGAUCAUCGCGGGGUGCCUGGAAAGCCUGGGCGAGUGGUGACAUUAAUAGAAGAUCCUGAGGGAUGCGUAUGGGGUGUUGCUUAUAAGUUGCCAUCAGGCCGAGAAAAGGAAGUGAAAGAGUAUCUCGACUACAGAGAAAAAGGCGGGUAUGGGGUGAUCACAGUCACAUUUCAUCCAAAAGAUGAAGAACACCAACCAAUGCAGGACACAUUGCUCUACAUCGGAUGCCAUAACAACCCAAAUUACCUUGGCCCAGCGCCUUUGGAGACAAUUGCUCAGCAGAUUGUGAAGUCUGUUGGUCCCAGUGGCAAGAAUUCAGAUUACCUGUUUGAGCUAGCCAAUGCCCUCAGGCAACUAGUUCCUGAUGACUUCGAUGAUCACCUGUUCUCUUUGGAGCGCCUUGUGAAGGAGCUGCAGAAGCAGGAGAUGGAGUGAUUGUCUAUGUUGUACUUAAUCUUCUUAAGAACUCAGGAAUUUAGUUAAUUUUCCCUUAUUUAUCAACUAUGACAGCUGAUGCAAACUAAGCCGUUACCAAUACUUAGAUAGCCAAUACUUUUCUGUUCUUUAAAUAGAAUUAUCCAAGGCAGACUCUUUACUGAACACUUGAUUUUAUGACAUAACGUUUAACAUUAUUCGUCUUUUGUGUUGAACAUUGAGAAACAUAUCAGGUACUUAAAUGGAUUUCAAUGUAUGCUGUAAUAUUUAUGUCAUUCCGUCCAUGAAAAUGCAAAAAAAAGUUAGUAGUCUGGCGAGGAAACUUCAAAUAUAUUACAAAGCCAUUUCUUAUUCAUUUCUGAAGUUCCUUACUUUCAAAUAAACCAUGGAAGGGUGAAUCUCAUGAACAUGUUUGUCACUUAAAAAAAAAAAUUACAUUAUAUAUAUAUGUGUGUGUGUGUGUAAUUUAUGAAUUUGAUAACAUGAAACAUUUUCUUGACACCAUUAAGAAUUAUUUUUGCUUCGUGUAACAUUAUUUGAAUGGCAUUUCAGUUAUGGUUUCCCACCAAAUUCACAUUAACAUGCUAUUCAUUUCAUGCACUUUUUUUAAUGUAACAUGGGCAAUUUUUCUGGUAUGUGUGGAUUCAUUGUAAUUAGGAUUAUAAUAUUUAUAAUUAUUUAGUUAACUAAUUUAACUAAGGCUUACCAGGCCUAUAUGGUGAAAACGUUUUGGAAAGUUUCAAACAGAAUUUAUGAGAUUCACCUAAAUUAAUCACUUUAUUUAUUAAGAAUAUACUUUGUCUGAAUAGUUACAACUGCACUCUUCCACAUGUCUGUUGUACCGAUAACAUUGUAUACUUGAUCUUUCCUGAAUUCACUACAAUGGUCCAAAUGCUAAUGUCUCUCCAAGAGUUUUUGUUUAUAAUAAUUAUACUAGAUAAUAAGGACUUUGAUAUUGCGAGACCCAGCUAAAAAAAAAAAAAAAGUAGCAAUAUUGUGGGGAAAAACAAGGUUUGCAUUUUUAAUUUAUUAAAAACAAUAACUCAUUUAUUGGCCUUGAGAGUAAAAUGAAGCAAACAUCUAAAAAAAGAAGAAAAAAAAAAGAAGAAAAAUCACUGGAGUUUUGGCACUAAGCUAAAUAAUGUUUCUGUUAUGUACACUCCCAAAUGUAAAACAAAACUAACCAUGGUAGAACCUGAAUAUCUUCCUAGCGCUGGGUGUGACUCAGAGAACAAUCUUAAGUGGUUAUGUACUGAGGCUGGAGUGAAUUGUGACAGAAGAACAAAAACAAUCCUGGAAUCUGUCACUUGCCAAUUAGUAAUGGCUCAAAACACCAUCACGCCGCCAUAAUUUGGUCAAACUACAAACAUGCACACUCAAACCAACAUGCAUGUGUAUCUCGCCGCCUUCCACAAACAAUUUUCACACUAAAUCUGGUCAGGCCGUUCUCACUAGAUGACUUGUCAGUCGUUUAUGCAUAGGUAAAUGCGUACGUACAAUACACAAAUGCAUACAUACACAUAUGAAUACACAAACACAUAGGACAAAACAAAACCCUGUUGUGAUGGCAAGUGAGCAGAGAGAUGCAGGACAAUGUCAAAGCUACCUUCCUACAAUAACGUCACAUUACUCAGACUUGCAUCCUCAUGUAAUGAUAAAAAAAUAGGAAGGCUCAGCCCCAAUAUAUACUUCGUCAACUUACUGAUGCCAGUCUAGCGUAGUGCAACAACAGCCAAAGAGGUGCAUGCCACAUCCGAUUACCACGGAGAUUUAAGUCGAAAAGAUGCUGGCUCUAUGUCACUCAACCGAGAAUCGCAUGCUCCUAGCUGUAAAA